AUGGAAACUGAUUCCAAAAGCGAUUCAUAUCUCUUGCGGGUUUAUGUUGGUUCGGAGGCUGGGCUCAAGAACCUUGAUGAAUACCUAUUGUCUCGUAGUUACAUCACAUGGUAUCAAGCUUCAAAGGAUGAUCUCACUGUCCAUACAGCUUUCACAAAACCCCCAUCACCACAGUAUGUGAAUGUAUCUCGUUGGUUCACUCAUAUCGAUGCCCUUUUGAGGAUUUCUGGUGUGUCUGCUAAAGGCAGUGGUGUUGUUGUUGAGGGCUCCGCUUCUUUCCCAGAAGAAGCCAUUGCAACUCCUCCUGUUGCUGAUACAAAGGCUGCAGCUGAUGAAGAUGAGGAUAGUGACGUGGAUCUUUUUGGUGAGGAGACUGAGGAGGAAAAGAAGGGUGCUGAAGAACGUGCAGCUGCAGUGAAAGCAUCUGGGAAAAAGAAAGAAUUUGGGAAGUCUUCGGUGUUGUUGGAUGUGAAGCCUUGGGAUGAUGAAACUGACAUGCAAAAGCUUGAGGAAGCUGUUAGAAGUGUUCAAAUGGAGGGCUUGCUAUGGGGUGCAUCAAAGUUAGUGCCAGUUGGAUAUGGUAUUAAGAAGCUCCAGCAUUGCUAUCGCAGCUUCUCUGAUGAUCUGGUGUCUGUUGAUACAAUCAUUGAAGAAAGGCUUACUACAGAGCCAAUUAAUGAAUAUGUUCAGAGCUGUGAUAUUGUGGCCUUCAAUAAGAUCUAAUUCCUGCUUGAUUUGGUGGGACAGAAGAAAGAUGCGGGAGGAUGGUUUUGUGGAGUUGUUAUUUAUGUAGUUUGCAGUUGUGUUGAUCAUGAG